AUGCAUAACCCACUUAAGAAACUGUCUCGCUCAAUUUCGCACAAACUACUCGGCAAACGAUCAAACGACUCGUCGUCGACAGAGAGUUUUUCAUCUGCUUCAUCGACCACUUCAUCGACGGCAACAACUCCACAACAGACUUCUUUAGACGAGGAUCCAUACAGGGAAAUCCUCCGCUCAUACGAAGAUAAUGUGUCACAUCUUGUCUAUCACGGAUCAUCGCUUCGUUCGAUGACUUCACUUGAGCAACUUCGGAAGAAAUCAGACGAAGUUCGCAGACCGGCAACUGUUGCAUCCAACCGGACAGUCACUUUCAGUUAA